AUGGGUAAGGGUACUCCUUCUAUGGGUAAGAGACACAACAAGUCUCACACUUUAUGUAACAGAUGUGGUAAGCGUUCUUUCCACGUUCAAAAGAAGACUUGUGCUUCUUGUGGUUACCCAGCUGCUAAGAUGAGAUCCUUCAACUGGGCUUCUAAGGCUAAGAGAAGAAGAACUACUGGUUCCGGUAGAAUGCAAUACUUGAAGCACGUUGCCAGAAGAUUUAAGAAUGGUUUCCAAACUGGUACUGCUAAGGCUCAAACCACCGCUUAA